AUGUCUGCCGUUUCUGUGCCAAAGGUUCCUGAAUAUACCGCCACCGACUAUGCUAAGUUUGCUUUAGCUGGUGCUAUGGGAUGUGGUCUUACCCACGGUGCUAUGACACCAAUUGAUGUCGUCAAGACCAGAAUCCAAUUAGACCCACAAGUUUACAACAAGGGUAUGGUUGGUUCAUUCAAGCAAAUCAUCAAAACUGAGGGUGUUGGUGCUUUGUUGACCGGUUUGGGCCCAACUGUCUUGGGUUACUCCAUGCAAGGUGCUUUCAAAUUUGGUGGUUACGAAUUCUUUAAGAAACAAUUUAUUGGCUUCUUGGGUUACGACACUGCUAAACAAUACAAGAACUCCAUCUACAUUGGUUCAUCUGCUUUGGCUGAAUUCUUUGCUGAUAUUGCUUUGUGUCCUUUGGAAGCUACCAGAAUCAGAUUGGUUUCCCAACCAACUUUUGCCAAUGGUUUGAUUGGUGGUUUCUCAAGAAUCGCUAAGGAAGAAGGUAUUGGUUCAUUCUACAAUGGUUUCACACCAAUCUUGUUCAAGCAAAUUCCAUACAACAUUGCUAAGUUUUUGGUCUUUGAAAGAGCUGCCGAAGCCAUCUACACUGCUAUCCCAACCCCAAAGAACCAAUUGUCCAACGGUGCUCAAACCGCUGUUAACUUGGGUGCUGGUAUCAUUGCCGGUUGUGCUGCUGCCAUUGUCUCUCAACCAGCUGACACUUUGUUGUCCAAGGUGAACAAGACCAAGAAGGCUCCAGGUCAAUCCACCAUUGGUUUGUUGGGUCAAUUGGCCAAGCAAUUGGGAUUCAAGGGUUCAUUCGCUGGUUUGCCAACAAGAUUGGUUAUGGUUGGUACCUUGACCUCAUUGCAAUUCACCAUCUACGGUUCAUUGAAGAAGGCUUUGAACUGUCCACCAGGUGUCGAAUUGUAA